AUGCAGACGUUUUUUGGUGGCAAGAAAUUACCGGAAGACUGCACAACGCACGAUGUCUGUUCUCUCAUCAAGCGCUUUUUCAGGGAAUUAAAAACGCCACUUUUUGCUCAUCUGCAGUUGCAGCUGCUUGAGUUCGGAGAUCGUCACGAAGCUCAUCGCAUGACUGUUGAGAACAUUGCUCGAGUUUUCGCACCUUCACUGUUCCGUGAUAAUCCACCGCCAGCGCCAAGUAAACGAAAAAGAGGGUCCCAGGACGAUUUGAUCAUUAGUGUGCGAAAUGAAAAUGAGCUUCGAAUUGCAAUCAUAAUUGAUUUAAUUGAUAAUGCGCAUAAGAUUGGCGUACCACGUGACUAUUAUCUUGCCUCACGUCGUCCUUCUGACGCUACGCAGAAAGUUUUUGGGGGUAAAUUACCAGAGAUUGCUGGUAUGAGAAGUGCAUCCGCGAAGCCAAUUUCCAGAAAUACAUCGUCGGUAUCGGCAGCAAAGCAUAAAGUAGAGGCCAAAAAAGAUCGGAAAAUGGCGAAGCAGUCAUCGUUGAAACUCACUGAACAGUAUAAAGUUGGUAUUUUUCAUUUACCAUGCUAA